AUGUCGUCGUCUGAUCAAGCAAUCUUCCCCUCGGCACUGCUCUUUGACUCGAGCAAAGAUUCGGGUCACACACACAAUGGCGGUAUCGUAACACCUCUUGCCGCCACAGCUUCGACUGCGCCGCCUUCUGCGUACCAAUUGCGAUUCCUAGCGGCAAAGACACGCAAAGCGCUUGACAUCAGCGUGCAGUGCUACAUCCCCGACCAGAGCGGUGCUUGCCUGCAUCUCAGCGACUCACCCCCCCAUCCUGCUCCCAACCACCCACACUAA